AUGAACUGCACCUCUUCUGUGGUAUCCGCAAUGCGCCUCUAUGGCUGGAAGCUGACCGUUUGUCUUUUGACCUUGGCAUUGGAGCUCUGGGUGUUCCUGCUGGUUGUUUUGCUCGGCAAAGCCAAUGACCUUCAAGUCAAUCUGAUCCUCAUCAACUGCCUACACUUCUUUGCCAUUAUCGGCUUGCUUGGGUGCACCAUCAAAAUGCUCUACGACAAAGCUUUUGCCAAGGAGGACUUGACUCGUCUUUUGGCUUUCGGGGACGACUAUUGGCCUCCCUUUCCUCGCUGGGAGUGGAAUUCACCCCCUCUCCUUUGGAACGUCGUUGACUACGACUUUGAUGAUGGCACGGGUUGGAGCAAGCUAUACCCAGAACCAAAGCAAGAAACCGCUCUAGUAGACACUGGAAACACAAAGCCGGCAGUCACCAAGUUCUUCAAGGAUGCACAUCUUCCCGCCACAAUGAAGCAAGUUUACUUUCUUGAUCCUGGUAGCGUUGAUCCAGCUCAAUUGACUGAGUACGAGCUCGAGUACCUGGCCACAGCCGCAGAACAGAAGCUACCUUCCCUUGUGGUCUGUGUUUGCUACCUGCUUGCUAAGGAAUCAAAUGCCUUCCUGAUGGAAAGCAUUUCCUACUUCACUCAAGUCCACAAAGCUCCCCUUUAUGUCAUGGUCAAUGCCCGAGAGGAGGGUACGUGGAUCUAUGACCAACUGCUUCAGCUCUCAGGAUAUCUGCAGAAUCACCAUCUCCAUCAAGUCCGAAUCUUCUUUGUCAACUCGUCUCGGUCCAAAGCAACCAACCUGAAUGCCUUCAUUGACGUUCUUCCUCCACCUGACCAGGAGACGAGUUUCAAAUACGUUUGCAACUACGACGUCGAUGACCGGCCAACGUUCAACGAAGUAUCGCUGCUGACCUAUGCCGAAAAAGCCAUUGGAAAGCGGCGCAGUGGGCACACGAUUGUAGGGAUCCAAGGACCAUGCCUCGAAUGCUACAACGGUACGGUCUCAGGUUUGUUGGAAUGUUCCAUCGAAUAUGCCGCCCAAGCUGCCUCUGGCAUCUUGUCCUGGGAAGCCCGCUUCUUGGGCAAGGUUCGAAGUCAAGGAAGCAACCAUCUUGUCUUGACCAGUGCCUUUAGGCGCUUCCGCUUCAACAAAAACGUCCUCUUGGAAGACUGGCGCUGGAGCAACGACAUGUUGGAGAAAGAGAACCUCAGCCUAGCCUAUGUUCGCACAAUGGUGUGCUUCGGACAAACACCCAAUGGAUGGAAUGCUAUUGCAAAGAGACGAAACCGAUGGAACAAGGGCCGCCAUGCAGAAGCACUUAAUGAUGCUUUUGGUCGACGUGUCAUUGGGCCGUGCUUUGCCGACUGGGUCAUGGUUUGGGUGAAGCUGGUCAUGUUUUUCGUGGUGAACCCGCUCUUGCACAUGUUUAUCAUCAUCGGCUACGGUGUCAUCUUUGGCGAAUCGUACAAGCAAGGACGUUACGGUACCUUGAAUUCUGAAAAGUUGGAGGACAACGGAGUCAAUGGCGUUCUUGGGAUCUUGUGGAACUAUUCUUGGAUUGGAAGUCUUGCAGGUGUGUGCGGUAUCAACCUCGCCUAUUUCAUCCUCUCUGUCGUUCAUCUCGAAUCGAGUUCUUUUCUGAACGGUCGGAACACCCCAAGCUACAAGAUGCUUCAUAUUUUGAUGCAUUUCUUUGACAUGUUUUCCCUCUUCUUGAAGCCCCUCUCACGUGCCUACCAAUAUGAAUACUACUGUGGAGUUGAGCUGUUGUUGGAAAAAGCUCUCUUCCAGAAGGUGGAAUGGGUAGCGACACCAAAGCUUGCCAAAGAAACAUCCACGUUGUCCGCAUCCGAACACGACAUGACCGCCAAGGAAGACUUCCCUUCUUUUGGAGAGUCCCAUGGAGAUCUGGCUGAAUUCUCUGCUUGA